GUCACCAGAGAAAAAGAAUUUUGUGGCGGUCAGGCCUUGUGGAUCUACUUGAUUAGUGUACUGCAGGCCUGUCACAGACAUCGAAUCCCAACAUGGAGGAUAUGGGGGCUGUGCAGUUCAGUAAUAUCCGGGAUUUGUACUCUGUUUAUUGGGGGAGGGGAUAAUACUUAUAUGGAGAGGCCCCUGUGCGUACUGUGGGCAAGUAUAUGUGGCCGAUUUAAAUGGGCUGCUAGUAUGAGCUCUUAACAUUCCCUGGUACCAUUUGUGCUGCAGUAGAAAGUUACAGCAUCAAGUUGCAAUUGCUGUUAGUGUCACAGUGAAAGGGAUUAUGACAAUGUUAUGUGGAAACAAGACGUUAUGGGUGAGAGGGUUUGGGUAGUAGCUGCCAGGCUAUGAUGAUUUACUGUCUGUGCUUAAGAUUGCAUUCUGUGACAGCUCGGGGGGGGUAUAAAUUAGCAUUGUCUUUAUUGCGUUUGCAUAGCUGUGUAUUUUAAAGAGAAAACCACGUGCGCACCAGAAAAUUGUUUCUUGUAUAUUCGGUAAAGUGUUUAUGUGAAAGAGGGCGGGAUAAUAUGAUGGCAGACAUGGAAGACUGGCAUUUGCUACUAUGUUCAGACUGCAGCAGUCCAGAUAGUUCGUCACUAAGCUCUCCUCAGCACCACCGAACAGCAACUUACUCUCCUCCACUCUGCCAUCCUUCUUCCAUGAUUGAAACGGGAAUGGCAUCGUCGGUGAAUUCACCAAUCAGCAACCUGGGAUCUCCAUUUCCAGUCAUCAGUUCCUCCAUGGGGUCCCCUGGUAUUCCAUCAACCCCCACCAUGGCAUAUGGUCCGGUCAGCAGUCCUCAGAUUAACUCGACAGUAAACUUGACAGGCAUGCAUGCUGUUAGUAGCUCUGAUGAUGUGAAGCCACCAUUAGGAAUGAGGAGUUUAUCGUCUCACCCAUCUCCUGGAGCCAUGUUGUCUGGAAAGCGUCUCUGUGCCAUCUGUGGAGACAGGUCUUCAGGGAAGCACUACGGGGUGUACAGCUGUGAAGGUUGCAAGGGCUUCUUCAAACGAACCAUCAGAAAAGAUCUGACCUACACUUGUCGAGACAACAAAGACUGCACUGUGGACAAACGCCAGCGUAACCGUUGCCAGUACUGUCGCUAUCAGAAGUGUCUGGCAAUGGGCAUGAAAAGAGAAGCUGACCGGUCCCUUGUCUGCCUGUGUCCAGCCGUGCAGGAGGAGAGGCAGAGGUGCAAGGAGAAAGACAGUGAAGUCGAAUCCACCAGCGGUGCGAAUGAAGACAUGCCAGUUGACAAGAUCCUCGAAGCAGAACUAGCUGUGGAGCAGAAGACAGACCUCAACCUGGAUGGCUCCGGGGGUGGCAAUUCGCCUAAUGAUCCUGUGACAAAUAUCUGCCAAGCAGCAGACAAACAGCUCUUCACCUUGGUUGAAUGGGCCAAACGUAUCCCACAUUUUUCUGAACUUCCGUUGGAUGAUCAAGUAAUUUUGCUUCGAGCAGGUUGGAAUGAAUUGUUAAUCGCCUCCUUUUCCCAUCGUUCAAUUUCAGUGAAGGAUGGAAUCCUUUUAGCGACUGGAUUACAUGUUCACAGAAACAGUGCCCAUAGCGCAGGUGUUGGAGCAAUCUUUGACAGAGUACUGACAGAGCUGGUAUCAAAAAUGAGAGACAUGCAGAUGGACAAAACAGAACUUGGUUGCUUGAGAGCCAUUAUUCUUUUCAACCCAGAUGCCAAGGGUCUGUCCAGUCCUGGGGAGGUGGAGCUUCUCCGUGAAAAGGUGUAUGCAUCACUAGAGGCCUACUGCAAACAGAAGUACCCAGAGCAGCAAGGCAGGUUUGCCAAGCUUCUCCUCAGACUGCCAGCACUACGUUCUAUUGGUCUGAAAUGUUUGGAGCACCUUUUCUUCUUCAAAUUGAUUGGAGACACCCCCAUUGACACCUUUCUCAUGGAAAUGUUGGAAGCACCACAUCAACUGACAUAAGACCCCAGCUCACUGAACAAGGUGUACAUUUGGAGGGGUGUUUUGUAAAAGAGACAAAGCGGUGACCUAUGAAAACAUUUUAACUGGAACAGCACUCUCUAUGCUUCAAGAGAAUGUGGAACAUGUUAAUGGAGAGAUGCUGUACAGACUGUACUUCGUAGUUUUAAUGUUCUCUUAAUCCAUUAGGUCCUUUUGCUUUGUAAGAACAAUGGUGGCAGUGGAGUCAGAAGCAUCGGCCAAUGUGUUUCUUGUUCUUACGGACUGCUGGACUUGUCUUUGAUUCACUAGCUUUGCACAAUUUUUUUUUUGUUUUUCUAAUCUAGUUUAAUGCCGGCUGUUCUGUGGAAAGAGCAGUGGAAACCCACGGAUUGCUAGAAGUUCAUUGCUUCUUUCCUUGGAGCUCCUCCCCAUUACUGAGCUUAGUUUUCUAUAGGAUUGUGCCAUUUGGCAUUUGAGGAGAUGAAACUGCAUGUUGUGGUAGAGCAGUCAUGGGAUAAGAAGACCAGAUGGCUGGUUACCAGUUUGGAUCUGGAGGCCGAUGGUCCUGCUAGCUGUAUGUGUAUAUUUUGUUUUUGUUCUUCACAGCUGUCAGCCCCUUACAGGGCAGAUUCACUGUUAAGUAGUUAAACAGUUUGUUCCCAGGGUCUUGAUGCUAUGUUAUCACAGCACUUCUGACUGUUGCCCCAUCAUUCAGUGCUGUAAGCUGACCGGGGGGGGCAGAUGUCUCCUAGUCAUUUCAUGAACAAUUGCACAUGCAGCAUUUCAUCACUAAUUUGGCAAGUGGUGAUACUUGUACAGCCAUGCACUUCAAGGCACUUGAAAGAGCUUAUGCUUUAAUUAUGUUGGAUAUUAUGAAAAGCGGCAAGAUGCUGUAGCCAGCUUGAGUGCCGUUUUUCUUCCCAAACAUAUGACAUAUACAAGAUUGUUUAAUUGUUUGUUGCUAGCAGAGGAAGACAGUUUGAGAUGCGAGCUGGUCUUCCCAACAGUUUGGUAAGCUUGAACUCCUCUCUCAACCAUUUGGACUGUUUGGAGCUUGGUUGGACUAUAUAGUCUGGAAAUGUCCACAAUACCUGUUUUGAUAGUGAUGCGUACAGUUAUGAUGACCUGCACCGUACCAUGGAGAAGACAAUAAUUGGAAAGUAGGCAAAGGUCCUGGCUUCUUUUUUUUUUUUUUUUUUUUUUAAUUUGCAUUGAGAAUACUUUCAUUCUAAGGCUGUAAAUCUUAACUGGGUUGUAAUGUGCUUGCUAUUUUGUCCAGUUGCUGAAUAUGUAAAGGCAGGCCUUACAAAAGGCAUGAAAAGGGGCACAGUAGAUCAGAUGAUGUCCUGUUAGAUGAUCCCUACUUCAUGUUAAGAUGGUGCUAGUUUUAAAUGGGUACUGGUAACGUGGUUUUGCUGUCAACUUCAUUGUAGCAAACUGUCAGGAAUAGAGAUUGCUUUUGUUGGUAGGUUUCUUUGUUAAUGUGCAUGUGGAUUCUAGGAAAGCAGUAUAAUUUUUUCUGCCCUUUGGCAGUCUGUUUGUCAUUAACAGCCUUUUGCUUUGUGCAGCCAUGUGACAUUGGUUUCACAUCUGAUGGUACCUCUUCUUUUGUCCCAAACUACACCCAGUGUGUAUACUGCAUCAGUAGGUUUGCAGUUUUAUUAGAUGCAUUUCUAAGUUGACCGUUUUCUUGUGCUUUAGUUUUGUAACGGUGCAUUUAGCCUACUUGCAGAGUGAAUGCCCUUUACAUACAUAUCCUAAUAGGUUGUGUGUGUGUGUGUGUGUGUGUGUGUGUGUGUGUGUGUGUGUGUGUGUGUGUGUGUGUGUGUGUGUAAAUAUAUCUAUAUGUUUGUCAAUGUAUGAAUGUAUAGAUGCAUAUACCCAAGUGCAUACCUAAUGUAGGUAACAGAUAGGGUUGACUCUUUUAGAUUUUUUUUCUUGCUAUUCUUAUUGGGUGUCACAAGGAAUGCAUUGGCUGUUAACUGUAUGUAAACAAAAAGUGAUUUUUAGUAAUCUUGCCAUGUUUUAGGGUCAUCAGAAAGCUUUGUUUUUCCAGGAUAAAUGAUGGGAUUGGUUCACAAGUAAUUUAUUGGUACGGGGAGAAGGAGGUAGUGCUGUACAAGUCAAUUUGUUCCUUUCCCUGGUCAUGAAAAUGUUGCCAGAGAAUGAAGGUUAACCUCUCCUAUAUACAUUUUCAUAUUACAUCUCCUAGUGCAGCAUCAAGUGAUCCUAAUUUCUCUCCUCUUCUUCCAUGGCCCCAGUUUUCCCUAACCAUUUUAGCAUUGAUGGUGGGAGAAACACUCCUGCUGGCACUUCACAACAGACUGUGUGGACACAGUUACAGCUGAGGAUUUGUGAUGUUUUUUUUUUUUUUAACGUUGACUCCUGUUGCUACUUUAAGUACAGUACAUCGUAGCUGAUUUUACUUGUGUGGAUUUCUCCACUUACUUAGUCAGAUGAGCUGCCAGAAUCUGUGAUUGCAAGAGAACGGUGCAGCCUGGCUCUUUGAUCAGCACACCUGGAAGCAGUGCAGCCUUAUGAACGCCAUGUCAUCCCCAUAGGAUGCUGGCCAUCACACUACCCCACCCGUCUUAGCCAGUCUUUCUCUUCCAAAGAUGCUGCUGGAACCCCUGGUCAGUGGUGUCACAGUCAAAAACAGGACCUUUGCACCAAUGAGCCAGCUUAAUCUUUCGUAUGUUUAUCACUUAACAGCCAAUAUUAAGUGAUGCACUCUGUUUUGUCUUAAAGAUAACAUAUUCUUUGCGUUAUUUUAAAGGCCUAAACCCUCAGAUUUCUCUCCCAUAUACCCCUUGACCUAAUUUUCUGUGCUACUGAUUGCUGAGGAAAUAUUUUUUUCCCACUGCAGUGCUUCUGUUUUGUAAUAUAAAACAAAAUUCAUAGCAUCCUAAUUCCUUUGCAGAUAUUUCUGCAUAUUAUGAUAUGGCCUAGUUCAUAUUGUCUCAAAUAGUGACAUUAGAAACAGCUACAGUGAUGGAGAUUUUACUUAUAUGUAUAGAGAAAUACAUAAAUAGCAGUCUAGUUUGUACACAUUUGCAGUAUAUAGCACAUCUACAUAACUUUUCAGUACCAUACAAUCAAAAGGGACUGAUGGUAUUAAUUUUUGCAGCAUGGUAACAACUGUUUAACAGAUGUUGAAGACAUUUAUGCUUCCAUUGCAUACUGAAUGGGUUAGCUAUUGAAAGAAAUGGAUCCCCAGCUUACUGUAGAUAUAGUCCCUUGAAGGUUAGUUUUACUAAUUGCAUAUAAACAGUGUUGGUCCAGUACACAAUUGUUUCCAGGUACUCAGCUACGUAAGAGUUCUUGCUGCUUUUGCAACUGCUUACACUUAGUUUGACAUUCAGGUUUGUCAUCUUUCAAGACGUUUCUGGAACCUCAUUUCUUCAGAGGUGUCUUUGUGCUUCCAUCCUUCUCCCUGAGAGUUGUAGUUAGUUUACUGUAAUUACAUUUUCAGAAACUUGAAUGAUAUAAUUAUAUGUCUUGAGAUUUUUCUGUUGUCUUCACUGAUAGAUCCAGUUUACCAAGUCUGUCCUUUGCAGAUGGUAUUCCCCAACUUAGCUUGGUUUGCUUGUCUGGUGGUAUGCUUGCUUCGUUGUAUGUUAUGUGGAAUUAUUCUGUGCUGUCACCUGUCACAGGCCACAGCUUAUGCAUUGUACUUGCACCCUGUCCCGCUGUGUUCUGUCAUCUGGCUUCCAUGUGCCUUUAUUUAGUGCAAUUUUAAUGACUAGAUACAGAACUUGUUUAGUUGUUAACAGUGCUGCUAUGACUUGCGGUACGCAGUUGUGUUUUAUCACAAGUCAGUUUUAGUAAUACCCGUGGACUAAGUGGUAAGUGUAGACUCUUGGGUCUUAAAUUUUGUUUCAUUUCUUUCCUUUAUGAAUUUUUUUUCACUAAUGAUGCAUUUCCCUCAUUCUCCACUAGAAGAUAUUCAAGCACACUUCCCAUUUCACUGGUUGGAAUUUAAUCACUCAGCAUUCACUCCCUACCUCUGGCCUCCAGACUAACUAUAUCAACCUGGGUCUUUGGGGAUGCAGGUAUAUGGAAGAAAUGUCUUGCAGGAGUUCUGGUAAAGAUCGUGAUGCAUUUUUUACCCUGCAUGGUUUCUGAUUCCAGAUCACUUUUGAAUGAUGUGGACAGUCUGUAGAAAAUAAAUUUAUACAUUUUAAACUCUCAUUACCAGUAAGUCAUUUCUACCUUAUGCUUAUUCAUUUCCAUCCCAUAAAGUGUAGGUUUCUGUCAGAUGGCCACCUAACUUGCCUCCUUUCUCCUUUUGUUAUUAAAAUAUUUGAAUAAUUCUGAAUUGCUUAAGUAAAUACAGUUGUGAACUACAAAAUUCUGAAUUAAUGCAUACUGUAUUUAGACUGUAUGGCAAAACACCUUGUUUCUGUUAUGUAAAAAAUUGACAUUUUUUGCAUAUUCACAUGCUCACACAAAUACACAAUGAAGUUAAAAAACGCA